CUCCCCGGGCAGCCCAUCGCCUCCGGCGGUAGCUCCUGCACGGCAGCGAUGCAGCCCCCGGAGCCGGCUCGGGCCGGAGGAGGCCCUUCCUACGGCACCUGGUGGCCCAACUCCAGUGCCAGCCACAUCCUGAGGGAGAACUACACCUUCCUGGCAUACUACCAGCAUUCCUCCCCCGUGGCCCUCAUGUUCAUCCUGGCCUACACCUUCAUCUUCCUCAUGUGCGUGAUCGGCAACGUCCUGGUGUGCUUCGUCGUGGUGAAGAACCGCCAGAUGCGCACGGUCACCAACAUGUUCCUCCUCAACCUGGCCAUCAGUGACCUGCUGGUGGGCAUCUUCUGCAUGCCCACCACCCUGGUGGACAACCUCAUCACAGGUUGGCCCUUUGACAACACCAUGUGCAAAAUGAGUGGUCUGGUGCAGGGCAUGUCGGUCUCCGCCUCCGUUUUCACGCUGGUCGCCAUCGCUGUGGAGAGGUUUCGCUGCAUUGUCCACCCCUUCCGGCAGAAGCUGACGCUGAGGAAAGCCCUGCUGACCAUCGCCAUCAUCUGGGUGCUGGCCCUGCUCAUCAUGUGCCCUGCUGCCGUCACCCUGACUGUCACCAGGGAGGAGCACCACUUCAUGGUGGACACCUACAACAACUCCUACCCUCUCUACUCCUGUUGGGAGGCCUGGCCCGAGACGGAGAUGAGGAGGAUCUACACCAUCGUCCUCUUCUCCCACAUCUACGUGGCUCCCCUCGCCCUCAUCAUCAUCAUGUACGCCCGCAUCGCCUUCAAGCUCUUCAAGUCGGUGGCGCCUGCCCACGGCGGAGAGGAGCCGGAGGGCAGGAGGAUCUCCCGGAGGAAGGCCAAGGUCAUCAACAUGCUCAUCAUAGUUGCCCUCUUCUUCACCAUCUCCUGGCUGCCCCUCUGGACGCUGAUGCUGCUGACGGACUAUGGGCGGCUGAGCGAGGGCCAGCUCCGCCUGCUCGCCGUCUACAUCUACCCGUUCGCCCACUGGUUGGCCUUCUUCAACAGCAGUGCCAACCCCAUCAUCUACGGCUACUUCAAUGAGAACUUCCGGAGGGGCUUCCAGGAGGUCUUCAGGGCCCCCCUCUGCUCGCUCCGCUGCCAGCGCAGGCCCUACGCCCCCCAGAGCCACGGCCGCGGGACCCUCUUCGGCACCCGCAACCGCAUCUUCACCCAGGCGCGAAACAGCGACUCGCCGGCCGUGUCCGAGUCGGGGCCGCUGGCCCCGCGCCGCACUGGUGUCCCAGCGUGGGACAGCUAAGGAGCCGUGGUCACCAAACCACUCUGGACCAAGGGCUUGGAGGGUGGGGAGUGGGGAUUUGCCCUGUCGUGGCCAUGAGACAUCAAAAUAAAGGUGUGUCCUACUGAU